AUGAACAGAGGCACAAGAAAUGAAAUAGUUUCGGAAGUGUUUAGUAUGCUAAAGAGAAAAAAUAACUGUACUGAAAUGGAAGAAGAUAGCGUCUGUACGGACAGCAAAAGAAAAGACAGUUUCACAGAGUCUGAAGAUAUUUCGUACGAGAAGCCAGCCUACUCCUAUGCCACUUUGAUUACCCAGGCUAUUAUAGACAGUAACGAGAAGAAGCUCACCCUCCGUGCCAUCUACGCAUGGAUCAUGAACAAGUAUCCUUACUUCAGACGGCAAAGAGGAGGCUGGCAGAACUCAAUCCGCCACAACCUGUCUCUGAACAAAUGCUUCUACAAAAUACCUCGCACGCACAAUGACCCUGGGAAGGGCUCGUACUGGACUGUGGACUCGGAGUAUCUGAACGUGUUCAACCCGCACAUCAAGCUGAAGAAGGGCGUCUACGAGGGCGGUGUGCUGCGAGAGGGCGACUGCAAAUAUAAAAAAUACCAGGACGCAGACAAGCCCACUUUCUCCGAGAUAUUGAACAAUGAGAAAAACUUUUUCGACUCAAUAGGCGUCUCCGACAAACACAUGUUCAGCAAGUCGUACGACUCUUUGGUCUUUGAUGGGAACCUGAGGGACCUUGACGGAGACAGCUUUGAGAAGCUGCUCGCCCGGACGGAAGACCCGAUCCAGGGCAAUACUUCUGAUUACUUCAAAUUUUCAAAGUAA